AUGGAGUUGCCACAUCCUUAUCUACCGGGUGCAAUCAGUCUUCUCGAUCAACUCGACAAGCGACUCAUCGUCGUUCUACGUGAUGGCCGAAAACUUGUCGGAUGUUUGCGCUCGAUCGACCAAUUCGCGAAUCUGAUAUUGGAUGAAGUGGUGGAAAGGACGUUUUUCGACAAGUACUACAGCGAUAUUCGCCAAGGAUUUCUGUUGAUUCGAGGAGAGAACGUCGUGCUAGCGGGGGAAAUUGAUGAGACGGUCGACACUGGCUUAACGAAGAUUUCAGUCGAGGAAAUGAAUCGUAUGGAAGAGGAGAGGAACGAGCGCCAACGAAAAAUUGAACAACGAAAGACGGCAAUCUCUGCAAAGGGAAAAUUGAAGGAAGCAGACAUGGAUGAUGCGUAU